UAAAUAUAUUAUAUUAUUAAGUGAAAUGGAGGCUAUUUUAAAUACGCAGUUUCAGGAGCUGGAAGAUAUCAUCGGGGAAAUAUUAAAAGUAAAAAAGAGCGGGCAGAACUCAGACACAUUGCGAACUGCGGCGGCAUUGAAAUUUGUUGCAUUAAAGCAUGCAAAUCGAGAAGUUAAACAGAAAAUAAAGUCUGGACGGGAUAACUUACACUUGGAAAAAUGUAAAGUGGACAUAAGUCGGUUGCAAUUGCAAAAUCUUCUGUACGAAGUGAGCCACUUGAAAAAGGACAUCGUGCGUUGCGAGAAAUUCCAGAGUGGUGACUCCAAGUUUGUCCUGCUCUCAGACACUGAGUAUUUUACCAAGUUGCCGGGACUUGAAGAUAGUAAAGUGAAACCAGAAUCGGAGCACUACAAGCAUUUGCAGCGCUUAGAGUGUGAACUGCGUUUAAGGAAAGACCUGGAUAAACAGAAAAGCUCAUUGAAGAACUCAAAAAAGGAGCUGCAACAAGAAAAUCUUAAACAACAUAAUAGGUACGUUUCAUUCGUGCCAGCUCUACGCACACUAAAGAGUGCUACGAAACCGCUGCAUGAUGCACUGCAGCUUUCUCUUGAUGUUGAAUGGAAGCUUAGUGCUGUGGUCAAAUAUCUGCCCAAGCCUCUUUAUAUAUUAUUUAUCAACCUGCAAUGCCUUCAACGUGCGAGCGAUGAGCCAUCAUUCAACGUUGAAGUGGUAGGAUAUGAAAGUGAAGCUCAGAUGCAGGAGUUGACAAACCUAAAGCAAAACCCAAAAGCAAGGCGCGACUACUCUGAAAGGGACAUUGAAUUGUCGGGAAAACCUGAGGAAUAUCCUUUGAACAAAGAAUUAAGUCCUCAUCCUCUGCACAUUCGCAUCACGCUUGGCUCUGCUGGCUCGAUUCAACUGGUGUUGAUUAUUCGCUAUUUCGAACAAAUUAAAUGUGCGACAGCAUGGCCCCAAUUGAGCAUUUCCAAUAAUACAAACCAUCAAGGGGAUACUAAUUUCGUUCAGCAUCUCCUUCGGCAUUUGUUUCCAAACGAUUUGGGUAAUGAAAUACCUAUACCUGGCAUUCAAUACGAUUUACAGAAUAAGGAUCUGACACCAGAGGAAUGCAUACAAUAUCUGGAGUCUAAGGACUUUGGUAAAGCAUACUGUUGGUUACAAAGUAUAUGCUCUAUACCAACAGUCAACAGCUCGAUGUUGUAUAAGCAUGAGCUGAACUUGAAUAAAAGCAUGCGGGAGACCAUAGCUCGCAUUACACGGCGCUGGAACUCUUGGUUAAAUCUAAGUCAGCAAAUACGUGGUCUGACUAACAAGGACAUCGAUUUGUACGCACUAAAAGAAAAUGUCUAUCCUGCGGCCUUGUCUUGCAGCCUGGUGCAGUGGACGGCGAUCACUCUUGAGGAAUUCCUAGCCCAAAAUUCAGACGUACUAAAAAUUUCUCCGGAUGAUAAGGGCAUAACAUACAAUUCCUAUCGUGCUGUGAUUGUUCGUGGCUCUGCCAAAAUGGAGUGUUUCAUUCGAAUACCGAGUAAUUAUCCAUUGGAAAUGCCACUCUGGAUAUUGAGUGUGCAUUGGAACGGUCGCCGUACAUCGCAGAAUAAUGCAGCUAUCAAGAUGAUGGAGUACUGGACCAAUUCAUUGCAACCCCAACAGCUGGAAGCAAAUUAUCGUAUUCUGUACGCUCAGCUUUUCCGAACUAUUUAUAGUUUUGACAUCUUUCUGGAGACAGAAGGCUCAAUGCAGGCGACUAUAGAAUACACCAAGGAAAAGCCUUAUAUAAGUGCAUUUGCAAAACGAUGCCGAUUGCGUCCAUAUAAAUACAUAAAAAAGGGUUCCGUACACGCAUUCAAACAAUAAGGAUCUAAAUAAAAAUAUAAGAAUAUGGUUUUGUAAAAAAAAAAUCAAAAGCAGUUACUAAACAUCUUCACAGUUGCUGUUUAUUAUGUAAAAUAAUGCAAUAAAUAAGUAACAUUUAAA